AUGGACACGUAUACAAUCUCUGCAAUCUUCACUGGCGAAUGUACCAAUCUUGAUGAAGUUGUGCUCUGCCACCUCUAUCGGGGUAUGUAUACUAUCGUGAACCUUAUCAAGGAGGCUACAGAUGAAGGUGGCAUCCUCAGUGUUGGGCCCUUAUGGCUACUACAACUUUGGCUGCAUGCUUAUUUCCCUGCGACUCACGGCCCUCUACCAGCUCUUCAAACGGCAGUUCAAGAUACCACCAUGCUCACAUAUGGCCAUUGUUUGGCUAAAGCAACUUUGCGAAAAGGGGAUUUUAUUAAUUAUUUUACCUUCUUUUAUGAGGUCCGAGAGAUCCCCAGCUUCACUCCCUUUGCGGAACGGACAUUCGGCUCCGCUUCGUUCAAACUCAUUUUUUACGAGCCACCACCGCGAGGUGAUCCCGCCGCCACUUACCAUGAAUUCCUUGAGGAGCUCAAACGUUACCUAACAGAUCGGGACCUCUUCUUUACUCCUACUGGCUCAGAAGUACUCAACAUUAGACUUACAACCCUCAUCUUGCAGCUCGAAAAUUCAGCCUCGUUCAAGCAUGGCCUAUGUUACCUCCCUCGUCCUUGA